AUGUUAACUCCUUUGAUCCCCCAUUCUCCAACAUGUCAACAAGAAACCAAAAAUCCCCAAAACACCCAUUAUUCUUUUGCCCUAAAUGAAGCAAAAAACAUAUCCAAAAUAUCAUUGCCUAUGAUACUAACCGGUUUAUUACUCUAUUCCCGCUCCAUGAUCUCAAUGCUCUUCCUCGGUCACCUCGGCGAGCUCGCUCUUGCUGGUGGCUCACUCGCCAUUGGUUUCGCCAACAUCACCGGUUACUCCGUUCUCUCCGGCCUUGCCAUGGGGAUGGAACCUAUAUGUGGCCAAGCUUUCGGCGCAAAAAGGUUCACACUUCUCGGCCUGACAAUGCAAAGGAUGGUACUUAUUCUUCUACUAACAUCAAUUUUCAUAGCAUCCUUAUGGCUCAACAUGAAUAAACUACUGCUUUUGUGUGGUCAACAAGAAGAUAUAGCAAAAGAAGCACAACUAUACAUUCUUUUUUCACUUCCUGAUCUAGCAGCACAAUCACUUCUUCACCCUUUGAGAAUCUACCUCCGAAGUCAAUCAAUAACAUUUCCUCUAUCAUGUUGUGCUGCACUCUCUAUUCUCCUUCACAUUCCCAUUAACUACCUUCUUGUUACUUCGCUCAAAUUGGGUAUCAAAGGUGUCGCUUUAAGCGCUGUUUGGACGAAUUUCAACUUCGUUGGCUCGUUGAUCAUAUAUAUAAUUGUUUCUGGCAUAUACAAGACAACAUGGAAUGGAAUUUCUUGGAGAUGUUUUAGAAAUUGGAAAGCAUUAUUGAACCUCGCAAUUCCAAGUUGCGUUUCAGUUUGUCUUGAAUGGUGGUGGUACGAAAUCAUGACUUUGCUUUGUGGGCUAUUAAUGAAUCCAAAAGCAAGUGUUGCAUCAAUGGGAGUUUUGAUUCAAACGACAUCAUUGAUGUACAUUUUUCCAUCAUCUCUAAGCUUUGGAGUAUCAACAAGAGUUGGUAAUGAGCUAGGAGCAGGGAAUCCACACCAUGCGAAAAUCGCAGCUAUAGUUGGAGUUUGUUUUAGUUUUAUAUUAGGGUUUCUGGCAUUUAUAUUCGCAGUUUCUGUGAGGAAUGUUUGGGCUUGUAUGUUCACAAGAGACAAUGAGAUCAUCAAUUUGACAAGAAUUGUGUUGCCGAUUGUUGGUGUAUGCGAGUUUGGAAAUUGUCCACAAACGACGGUUUGUGGAGUUUUGAGGGGAACGGCUAGGCCGAAAUUGGGUGCGAAUAUAAACUUGAUUUGUUUUUAUGUAGUUGGAAUGCCUGUUGCUGUUUGGUUGAGUUUCUUUGGAGGGUUUGAUUUUGAAGGUUUGUGGAUUGGCAUGUUGGCAGCACAAGGAUGUUGUAUGAUGACAAUGAUGUUUGUGUUGGCACACACAAAUUGGGAUGGUCAAGCUCAAAGAGCUGAAGAGCUCAUGUCAUGUGAUCAAGGGGAUGAAGAACAAUGA